UUGAAGCUAUUUGUAAAUUAGAUGAAGAUACAAUCUGUACAGGAAGCAGUGAUGGUAUUAUUCGGUAAGUUUGGUGACUAUUUUACCAAAUGAAUUUCAUGGCGCUUUGGGUGAUCAUGGUGAAGAUAUGCCCAUUGAAAAUUUAAAACUAAGUUAUGAUAAGAAAUUAUUGGUGUCAAGUGGACAUGAUGACAAAUUGCAAUUUUGGGAUAUUGCUCAUCUUUUUGAAGAGGAAGAGGAAGCGACUGCAAAAUUAGAAGAUGAAGAACAGGACGUAUCGCAUGAUAAAGAGGAAGAAGAUAAAACUAAUGACGAACCUACUGUAAAAGAUUCGGAUGAUGAUUGGGGAACUGAUUCAGAUGAUGAAAGCAGCAAUAAAAAAAAGAGAAAGAAGAAGCAAAAAAAGAACAAGACAGAAAAGAAAAAGAAUAACAAAAAUAAUACAUUUUUUGCAGAUAUGUAAAAAUAAAUAUUUAAUUACAAAUAAUAUAUGUGUGGAUGUAGAUGAAGAUGUGUAUGU